CCCAUAACCCGAGAGAAUAGUGGAGCCCUAAUUUCAUCAGCGGAGCAAAAAGGGAUUUUUUUUUUUACUAAUAAUUUUUUUGAAGUUUCAAAAGCAUAAUAGAGAAACCCCAUUUGGCUAAAAUUCAAGGAUUUGCAGCUGAAAGGUGCUGACAAUGUUGGAAUGCCAAAGCCAAAAAAACCUGAACAUAUGCUUCAACUUCUGCAGCAUUUUAUCAAACACUCAAACCAAAUCAAACAAGUCCAUUCGCUGCUCACAACGAGUGGCCGUCUCCUCCUUACCUCUCAAUGGAUCAACACACUGCUUUACAACACUCUCAUCAGGGCUUAUCUCAACAUUUCUCAGCCUCAAACAGCUCUCAUCCUUUUCACCCACAUGCUCUUUCAUCAAGCUCAGCCGAAUAGCCAUACUUUCCCUUCCCUUAGCAAAGCAGCCUCGUCUUUCCCGUCCCGUUUGGCUUCAUAUAUAGGCAAGAACCUUCACUGUCAAGUCUUGAGAAGAGGGGUCUUGGGUGACCCGUAUGUCUGUACAUCUUUCAUUGGGCUGUAUUCGCACGCGGGUGAACUCGAGAGUGCGCACAAGGUUUUUGAUGAAAUUCCUGAACCGUGUAUUGUCUCGUAUAAUGCGAUGCUUGAUGCUUGUGGGAAAAAUGGGGAUAUGGGUUUGGGGUUCUUGAUGUUUUCUCGCAUGUCUUAUAGAGAUGUUUAUUCAUGGACUAGUAUGAUUCAUGGGUACAUGAAAAACGGGUGCUCUGAAGUUGCUGUUAAGUUUUUCCAGAGAAUGAUGGUACACGAGGAUGUGAAGCGUGGUUUAUUGAAGCCAAACGAGGCUACUUUUGUUAGUAUUCUUUCUUCUUGCACAUUUUUGGAUAUUGGUGUGGCAUUAUAUCUUGGGAGGCAAGUACAUGCUUACAUGGUAAAGAAUGAGGAGUUGAGUGUCUUCACGAUGACCGCAUUGAUCGCGUUUUAUGGAAAGAUGGGUUCUUUGGUUUAUGCUUCAAAGAUAUUUGAUGCAAUGGUUAGCAAGCAGGUUUGUGCUUGGAAUGCUAUGAUUUCUUCCCUAGCUUUGAAUGGAAGAGAGAAGCAGGCAUUAAUGAUGUAUGAGAAGAUGAGGGCAAAGGGGCUGCAACCAAAUGAGAUUACCUUCGUGGCUGUUCUAUCAGCUUGUGCGCGUGCCAAGCUUGUUGAUUUCGGUUUUAAAUUGUUUGAAGCAAUGUCACAUGAAUUUGGACUUGUAGCUAAGAUGGAACAUUAUGGUUGUGUGGUUGAUCUCUUAGGGAGAGCUGGGCUAUUACAGGAAGCGUACGACUUCAUAAAGAAGAUGCCUUUUGAAGCUGAUGCCACUGUAUUGGGGGCUCUGAUGGGUGCCUGUAGACUUCAUGGAGCUAUUGAAUUGGGAAAUGAAGUAUCACAACUACUGCUUGAGUCGCAACCAAGUCAUUCUGGCCGUUAUGUGCAACUCUCAAGCAUUUAUGCUGGUGCAGAGAGGUGGGAUCAUGCUGCUGCCUUGAGAAAAGCAAUGUUAGAUGCUGGAAUACACAAGGUUCCAGCCCACAGUUUAGUUUAGUAGAGCUGAUAACUGCAGCGGCUUGGUGAUGGCAUCUCUACUCAUCAAAUUCAGCUAAAAGGAUCCUGCAUAUGGAUUUUGCACAGAGAUUGAAGCACUGCUUCAGAUCAAGGAGGAUACAUUAAAGAAACCUGGUUUCAAAGUCUGUUUGGCGAGGUCUCUAUGCAAGUUGUUGUUUGGGACUGAUGCAUAGUUGCUGUUGUGUAGCAGUAAUACUUGAUUAAUCAAUCGGUACCGUCUACCUCCCACCAACACAGAUAGUGAGUAACUCAGCCACCAACACAGGGAGAGCUGGACUACUGCAGGAAGCGUACACUUGAUAAAGAAGAUGCCUUUUGAAGCUGAUGCCACUGUCUGAUGGGUGCUUGUAGACUUCAUGGAGCUAUUGAAUUGGAAAAUGAAAUAGCACAACUGUUGCUUGAGUCGCAACGGAAUCAUUUGUGCUGGCGCAGAGAGGUGGGAUUAUGCUGCUGCCUUGAGAAAAGCAAUUUUCGAUGCUGGAAUACGCAAGGUUUCAGCCCACAAGUUUAUUUAGUGGAGCUGAUAACUACCGCAUCAGCUAAGUCAUAGCAUGACAGAUACAUGUUUGUGAAAUCUCGACUCAACAAAGUCAGUUAGAAGGAUCCUGCAUAUGGAUUAAAGCAAGCUGUAGUGAUAUCUUGACAAACCUGGUUCCUAAGUCUGUUUGAUGAGGUCGCGUAGUUUGUUGUUGUAUAACUGCUCAAGUCUACUUGUGUUCUAUUCAAUUAAUUCAACUGGUACCGUCUACCUUCCAUUAAGAGAGAUAUCUGGUAACUCUGUCAUCCGGGAGUUGGAUUUUUAGAGUUGAAGGCUCUUUCUCCAACUCUUCAAAUAAUGCAGAUUCCAGUCUACGUGAGGCUCAGACAGCGGAGAAUAAUGCAAAUCUUUUUGCUGCUGCUUCAAUGAAAAGAGUUAAAGAUAGUCACUCACUGGUAAAAUUUCUCCAUCAUGAGUUGGAAAACAAUAUUUUUGAACUUUGUAACUACAGUGAGUAUUCUAUGUUUGUGUUAAUGUGAAAUACAAUGUUUUUAGUCAUGAUA